ACAUCAUCUGGCAGCCAUUUGUCCCUCUCCUGGUCAAAAUAGUGGGAAAUACACAGACCAGAAUCCCCAACUUACGCUCUUGGUCUGAUUGACAUUGAGGAUCUAGACUUGGGACACAGCUGGCCCCCGUAUCCCCUAUGGCGGUGCGCAUAGCGAGGUCCCUCUGGCGGGCGACCGCGAUCCCGAUGCCAUUUCCAGAGUUGCGCCCUGUUCGACUCUUCUCGACUACCCCGUCACCCAAUGCGACUCUGAACCAGGUCCUUCGAGGCUGCCGCAAGCCCCAGCGCGCCCGUCAUGCCGUCUCUCCGGCUCUAUCCGAUAUGCACUGCCCGCAGCAGAAGGGCGUAUGCCUCAAGGUCGGCAUCACGCGUCCCAAGAAGCCCAACUCGGGCGAGCGCAAGACUGCCCGUAUCCGCCUCUCCAGCGGCCGUCUGAUCACCGCCUACAUUCCCGGAGAGGGCCACAACAUCCAGCAGCACUCCGUUGUCCUCGUCCGUGGAGGGCGCAGCCAGGACUGCCCCGGUGUCCGCUACCAUCUCGUCCGCGGCGCUCUCGACUUGGCCGGCGUCGCGAAUCGUAAGUCCAGCCGAAGCAAAUACGGGACGAAGAAGCCGAAGAAGGCGUCGGUCGGCUCCUGAGGCAAAAAAAAACAUUGGCGCGAGGGUCGAGUCUUGGC